UGGGCUCACACUGACCAUAGACCAUACCAGAAACACUUCUGCUCCCCAGGAAGAGCCAGGGCGGCCUGUGCGUGUCCUCUCAGCCCCUCACGGCGCUGGCCCCUGUGCCUCACUGUCCUCGAGAAAAGCGUCACCUCUGUUCUCUCUUCCUGCUGGGGUCAGGAGAUGCUGCCCGGGGCCUGGCUGCGCUGGGCCGGCCUCCUGCUGCUGGCCAGGCCUGCCUGGCCCUGCCCUGCGGGCUGUGACUGCUUCACCCAGGAGGUGUUCUGCUCCGAUGAGGGGCUGGCCGCCAUCCCGCCGGACAUCCCGCCCCACGCCACAGGCAUCAUCUUCGUAGAGACCUCGCUCACCACGGUGGGAGCCAGGGCCUUCAGCGGCAGCCCCAACCUCACCAAGGUGGUCUUCCUCAACACCCAGCUCCACCACUUAGGGCCCGACGCCUUCGGGGGGCUGCCCAGACUGGAGGACCUGGAGAUCACUGGCGGCACCUUUUCCAACCUCAGCACCGACACCUUCUCCAACCUGAGCUCGCUGGGCAAUCUCACCCUCAACUUCAACAUGCUGGAGGCUCUGCCUGAGGGCCUCUUCCACCAGAUGGACGUCCUGGAGUCUCUCCAGCUGCAGGGCAACCGGCUCCAGAGCCUGUCUGGGAGGCUCUUCCGGCCUCUGGGAAGUCUGAAGACCCUCAACCUUGCUCAGAACCUGCUUGCCCAGUUGCCCGAGGAGCUGUUCGACCCCCUGGGCAGCCUGCAGACCCUGAGGCUGAGCAACAACGCGCUCUCCGGCCUGCCCCAGGGCGUGUUCGGCAAACUGGGCAGCCUGCGGGAGCUCUUCCUGGACAGCAACCUGAUCUCGGAGCUGCCCCCCGGAGUGUUCUCAGGGCUCUUCCAGCUGGAGGAGCUGUGGCUGCAGCGCAAUGCCAUCCGCCAUCUGCCCGUCUCCGUCUUCUCCUCCCUGGGCAACCUGACCUUCCUGAACCUGCGGGGGAACGCGCUGCGGGGGCUGCCCGCCGGCCUCUUCGCCCCUACCCCAGGCCUGGUGGGCCUGUCUCUGUCCUACAACCGGCUGGUGGCUGUCAGCGAGGGCGCAUUUGCCAACCUGUCCAGCCUCAGUUCCCUGACGCUCUCGCACAACGCCCUCACCCAUCUCCCGGCCGGCGUCUUCAGAGACCUGGAGGGGCUGGUCGAGCUCUACCUGGGCAGCAACAACCUGACGGCCCUGCACCCAGCCCUCUUCCAGAACCUGUCCAGGCUGGAGCUGCUCAGCCUCUCCCGGAACCUCCUCACCACGCUCCCCGAGGGCAUCUUCGACACCAACUACAACCUGUUCAACCUGGCCCUGCACGGCAACCCCUGGCAGUGUGACUGCCACCUGGCCUACCUGUUCAGCUGGCUGAGACAGUACAGCGACCGGCUCUUCAACAUCCACACCUACUGCGCCGGCCCCGCCUACCUGAAGGGCCAGCUGCUGCCCGCCUUGCAGGAGGAGCAGCUGGUGUGUCCCGUCACCCGCGACCGCCUGGCCUUCCAGGCCCCGGGGCCGGAGGACAGGGAGCCCGGGGGCAGCUGGGAUCUGGCCGCGCAGGAGAGGGCCGUCUGGAGCCAGUGCACCUACAGCAACCCCGAGGGGACCGUGGUGCUCGCCUGUGACCAGGCCCAGUGUCGCUGGCUGAACAUCCAGCUGUCUCCCCGGCCGGGCUCGGGCCCCCCGGGACUGACGUACAACGCCAGCCAGCACUGGGACUUGAAGUCCCGCUGCGGCUCCGUGAGGCUCACCGUGGCUAUCGAGGCUUGGCCAGGGGGGCAGUAGGCGCGGGGCAUGCGGAGCCAGGAGCCUGCCUAGGUAGCCUCCGGGGCCCGGCCAGGCCAGAGGUGGGGGCAGAGGGAGAGCCGAAGCCUUGCUUGUGCAGAUGCCAGGGACGGAGCGGAGUCCCCCGGGUGGAGGAGGUGGCUCGGUGGCCUCUACCCUCCUCCCCCUCUUCUGUCACUAUCACCGAGGCUGGGCCCUACCUUGGCCCUCCUCGAGCUUUGCCAAGCAGCCCUUAAAGCUGCACCACAGUCUGGAGAAUAAAAGAACAUUCUCCCUGG